AUGCUGUUGCAUACAGAAAUAUUUACCUUUAUUAAGUUCACUGAUUUUUUUUUUCUUAUAUUUUUUUAUACUAACGCUGUUGUAACAACAAUUGCUGAUCGUAUUGCACCUUAUUAUCGACCAGCAUUACCUGAUAUUGAUCAUAAACUAUUAUCUUAUUGGAGUUAUUUUCAAAUAAAUAAUUAUUUGAUUAUUAUUGCUUAUAUAUUUAUAUUUGUAAGAUUUUUACCUCAAUCAGACAUUCGUGUUACUGUUUUUCGUCGUUGGUUUUUUUUACAAGAUGUUAUGUUUGGCAUGUGCAGUAUUUCUAUUUAUGUGAGUUCACUUACUGUAUCACAGUCGGGUUGUAUCACUAAUAUAACAGAAUUAGCAACACCACCUGUCGAAGCUUUUUAUGUUAUGGUUGGAAUACGUUCGACAUGUGAAGAUGUACUUUUUUCAGGUCAUACAGUGGCAUAAGGAAACUUGGCAGGGAAAAAAUUGAAAAUUCCUUAUUAUUUUUCUAUUCCAAUUUUAAUUGAUCCAUUUACACAACAAGAAUAUCUUAAGAGAAAAUUACAAUUACCAAAUUAA